AUGUCUCAACUAAAAGUUCGAAAACCAAAAGUUAUUUUGUUUGAUAUUAUCGGCACUGUGAUUAAAGAGGGAUGGAUUGAUAAAGUACUUUUUCCAUACAUUGUAUCGACAGUGGAUGAUUACCUGGCUGAGAACUGGGGAGAUCCAGUUCUGGUGCGUGAUGUAGAACUGCUUCGAGCGCAAUCACAAUUAGACGCUGGACCGGCCAUCGUGCAACCAGGGCAGUCUGUUGAUCGAAUUCGCAAUUCAGUUGCCGACUACGUGGUGCGUUGUCUUGAGGAUACUCGCGAAAGUGAAGCGAUUCGCAUUUUCCGUUUUCACAUGUUAUUUGAUGGUUUCAAUUCUGACAAGCUCACUACACAUGUUUAUAGCGAUGUUGCACGCUGCCUGGGCAACUGGGCUCAGAGAGAUUGCAUUGACUUGUACGUUUUUUCCAACGGCUGGUCCUAUGCUAUGAAGAAAUUCCUAAAGAAGACUAACUACGGCGACUUGACGCUGGUCAUCAAAGACUUCAUUGACACUAACAUUGGUCAGCUGAAUGAUAUGCAGACUUAUGAAGGCCUCAUCUCCCAGUUGGGUCAUCCUCCUGAAGAUAUUCUCUUUUUGACUCACAGUGGGAUCGAGGGCGUCGCUGCCCGUCGUGCUGACCUCAGUGUCAUCCUAGUGACUACCCAUCGCAAAGAUCUCGCCAGAGAGCGAAAUGAGGAUACCAAGUUUUUCGGUUUGCCCUAUGUGCGAUCAUUCAAUGAACUCGUCUUUAAACGUGGUGCGGCUCCAGCCUCAACCUUGGGAAAUGCCAUUGCAAUUUCUUCAGCAUUUCCAGCUAACCCAAGUAUUGGAAGCACGUCUCUCUCAGCAUCGUCUGCUGACUCUGAUAGCUCUAAGAUUCAGGGUAUCUCAGCUUUCUUUUCUCCUCAGAAGUUUGAUUCUAAAAAAGAUGUCACUGGAAAAGACUCAAGUGUCAUCAAAGAAACUGGCAAAAUGGGUCACUAG